CAUACGAGACCGUCUAAACAACAUGGCGGCCACCGGAACGAAGUCGGUUUUGUUCAUUUGCUUGGGGAACAUUUGCAGAUCCCCGAUUGCCGAAGCAGUCUUCAGGAAGAUGGCAACAGACGCUGGUGUUGUUGAUAAGUGGAGGAUAGACAGUGCUGCCACCUCCAACUAUGAGAUAGGAAACCCUCCAGACCACCGCGGUCAAGCCUGCAUGAAGAGUCACGGUGUGCCCAUGCAGCAUGCGUCCAGGAAGUGGGUCAUAGACAGUGGUGCCACAUCUGACUGGAAUAUAGGCAGUUCACCGGAUGACCGCGGUCUGGCCUGCCUCAAGGAGCAUGGCAUUAAGACGAGCCAUAGGGCCCGACAGGUGACCAAUGACGAUUUCAUGAGCUUCGAGUACAUUCUGUGCAUGGAUGAGAGCAAUAUGAGUGAGUUGAACAGAAGAGCACAUCUCGUGAAAAACGUCCCAGCAAAGAUUGAGCUCCUCGGUUCAUAUGACCCACAGAAGCAGCUCAUCAUUAAAGACCCAUACUAUGGGAGUGAUGAAGACUUUGAGAAGGUGUACGAGCAGUGUGCACGCUGCUGCAAAGCAUUCCUGGACAAUAACUCCUAACAACACACAACCAUAAAGGAUCUUUGCUGAAUCUGUUGAAUUAACAAAACAAAUUAACCAAAUAUGAUUGUACUAUGUCACACAAGCACAUUUCAGCACGACCUUUUUGUGGAUAUCCUUGGAUGACCAGGAAACACAUUUGUUUCGGUGUUGUAAAUGUUGCAUAAACCCCACAUUAUUUACAUUUGGAACGAUGCUGCACGGACAAGUUUGCGGACUGUAAAUGUAUGUGAUUAAUAAAAUGGAAAACAAAAGAG